AUGCAGAUUUUCGUGAAGACUCUUACCGGAAAGACUAUAACCCUCGACGUUGAGUCGGGAGAUACAAUCGAUGGUGUCAAGUCCAAAAUUCAGGACAAGGAAGGGAUUCCUCCUGACCAGCAACGUCUGAUAUUCGCCGGCAAGCAGUUGGAGGACGGUCGCACCCUUUCUGAUUAUAACAUUCAGAAGGAGUCAACUCUCCACUUGGUUCUUCGUCUUCGUGGAGGCAUGCAGAUCUUCGUCAAAACUCUCACCGGGAAGACCAUCACCCUAGAGGUGGAGUCAUCCGAUACCAUCGACAACGUUAAGUCGAAAAUACAAGAUAAAGAAGGCAUUCCUCCAGACCAGCAGCGCCUAAUCUUCGCCGGCAAGCAGCUUGAGGACGGUCGUACCCUUUCUGAUUACAAUAUUCAGAAGGAGUCCACUCUUCACUUGGUUCUUCGUCUGCGUGGAGGAAUGCAAAUCUUCGUUAAAACCCUGACCGGAAAGACCAUCACACUUGAAGUCGAGAGUUCAGAUACGAUUGACAAUGUCAAAUCAAAAAUUCAAGACAAAGAAGGCAUCCCCCCCGAUCAGCAGCGCCUUAUUUUUGCCGGAAAACAACUCGAGGAUGGCCGUACUCUCUCGGAUUAUAAUAUCCAAAAGGAGUCCACUCUUCAUCUCGUCCUCCGUCUCCGUGGUGGCAUGCAAAUCUUCGUUAAAACCCUGACCGGCAAAACUAUUACGCUUGAAGUUGAGAGCUCCGAUACCAUUGAUAAUGUUAAAUCUAAAAUCCAAGAUAAGGAAGGUAUCCCACCGGAUCAGCAACGUCUAAUCUUUGCUGGUAAACAGCUCGAGGAUGGCCGGACUCUUUCGGACUACAAUAUCCAGAAGGAGAGCACUCUCCAUCUGGUCCUGAGAUUGCGUGGUGGCCACUGA